UUAAAUGGAACCACAGAUUGAGUAGGACCUUUGUUUAUAUGUCAUGUUUGACUCACACUUGUAAAGGAUAGAGCAAUAACAUCACAUGUGCAGGCUUAGUAUAUGACAGAGAAGCAAAAGUAGAAUGCACAAAACACGAAAAAAGGCGGUUAUCACUAGUAAUAAAAAAAAUAUUAUCUUAUCUUAAACAAUUUUAAAAAGUUAUACACAAAGAAGGAUAUAGGAAUCUAAUCUAUUAUUAUACCCUGCUGUAUUUUAGAAGUUAAAAAAUAACUGGGAUAUGUUGCUAACUUCACAGAUCUAUCCCAAAGCAUUAUUAAAAAGUUUGUUGUAAAAAAUUUGAGUUAGGUUAUGUUAAAAAAUGAACUAAUUGAGAAUGUAAUGUAAUGUAAAAUUAUAUUAGCUUAAUUUAUAUAGAUAUUCUGAAAACAGUUUAUUACAUUUAGAAAAAAUGUGGAACGGCAGGGAUAAAUCAUACAAAAUAUUACCCACCAACAGCUACCUUGAUCAAACUAAUAGAUCAUAUACAGCUAAACCAGUUCAUGUAAGAAGAGUUGAGCAAGCUGUCGACACUAAUAUGUUUUUACGAGAUGUACACAACCAAUUACAGUUAAGUAGCGACUCUGACGAUUCUGAUGAUGGCAUGGGCAAUCUGAGUGAUGUCAAUAUAGAUUCUAUUUUAAAAGAUUCAGAACCUCACUCUACCAAUGAGUAUUACAAUCUUAAAACUGUUUCAACUAGGAGGAAAUGGCUUGCUGAUGUUCUACAAGAAAGUUCAGAUAGUAGUCCGGAUGAUGUACAAUAUAAGCAUGUUAUGAGGUUGCAUUCAUAUCAAAAAUCCUUAAGAAAAAGAAAAGAGAAUUUUGAUAAUUAUGCAUACUAUGGAGCUGGAUUGAUCAGUGCAGUAGAUCUUUAUCCACAUGUAGAAAAAAAUCUACCAGUACCUGUCAAGAAAAAUAAAAUUAAAAUAGAAGACACAUUUAAGUCUCCACUAUACCAUCCUGAUAUUUUGGAUGCUAUUUCGGAUGAACCAUGUUUAGAUUUGAAUCUCCAAAAUGGAAUGGAUUUCCAAAGCAUCGACGAUAUAGCUGAUAAGUAUUUGCCAUCUGAAUAUGGACUUGUCAUUCCAAAUCAGUCUCUACCUCCUCCUCCUUUAGGACUUCAUAUACCAAAGAAAAAAACAAAAAAAUUCAAAGAUGAAGAGUCCAGACGGAAAUGGGAAGAUAUGAUGACCAUAAAGCGGCGAAAAUUAUUUACUAAUAUAGUCAAAAAAGAAAUUGGAAAGCAACAUAGAUCAAAAAUUAACAAACACAAGGAAAUGCUACUGCAGUGCAAACGAGUGGCAUCACAUUGUGUUAAAUAUGCACGUCAAAAAGCUCUCCAAAGCGCUCGAAUAGUCAAAGAACAGCCAUGGAGGAUGAAGAGGUUAUCACGUGAGAAUAUUGCUUACUGGAAACGCUCACGGCGUUUUGAUAGAGAAGUUAAGAAACGGUUAGAGAAAGAAGCAGAAGAACAAAGAAAAAUUGACCACGAGUUGGUAGAAGCCAAGCGACAACAGAGGAAAUUAAACUUUCUUAUUACUCAGACUGAGCUGUAUGCUCAUUUCAUGUCCAAGAAAUUGGGACAGGCUUCUCCUGAAGAACAGUUGCUAAUUUUAAGCCAGCUAGACGAGGAAAGUUCAAUAAAAUUAAGUUGUGAUACUUACGAUAGUGAAAGUAUGAAGGAAAUGGCCAAAAAGAAUGCAUUAGAUGCAUUUCAGAGUGAAAAAGCAAGGACUAGACAUUUUGACCAACAAGCCAAUUCGUGUCUUAAUGAAUUUCCCAAUGGAGAGGGUGAACAGCCACAACCUAAUAUGUUUAGAGGCAAAUUAAAAGGAUAUCAACUAAGAGGGAUGAAUUGGUUGGCAAAUUUAUACUCUCAGGGAAUCAGUGGUAUUCUAGCUGAUGAAAUGGGUCUAGGCAAAACUGUUCAAAGUAUUGCGUUUCUUUGUCACAUAGCUGAAAAAUAUUCUGUCUGGGGCCCUUUUUUGAUAAUAUCUCCGGCCUCAACCCUGCACAAUUGGCAGCAAGAAGUGGCCAAGUUUGUGCCAGAUUUUAAAGUGGUGCCCUAUUGGGGAAAUCCAAACGAAAGAAAAAUUUUAAGGCAGUUUUGGGAUUUGAAAGACAUGUAUACAAAAGACGCUAGUUUUCACAUUGUGGUAACUUCCUACCAAAUAGUUAUAACAGAUAUAAAAUACUUUAAUAGAAUAAAAUGGCAAUACAUGAUACUAGAUGAAGCACAGGCUAUCAAAAGUACUAGUUCAAUGAGAUGGAAGACUCUAUUAGGUUUUAGUUGCAGGAACAGAUUGUUGUUGAGUGGUACCCCAAUACAAAACAGUAUGGCGGAGCUAUGGGCCUUAUUGCAUUUUAUUAUGCCAACACUCUUUGACUCACAUGAGGAGUUCAACGAAUGGUUUUCAAAAGACAUUGAAAGCCAUGCUGAAAACAAAACUGGUAUCGAUGAAAAACACUUAUCUCGUUUACAUAUGAUUUUAAAACCUUUUAUGUUGAGGAGAAUCAAGAAAGAUGUUGAAAAUGAACUGUCUGAUAAAAUAGAAGUAAUGGUCUACUGUCCACUGACCACAAGACAGAAUUUAUUGUAUUUGGCUCUAAAACAAAAAAUCAAAAUUGAAGAUCUCUUGAAUUACACAGUUGGCGGGGGAGAUUCUCACACUGUAGAUAAGAAUUUUACUUCAAAUUUGAUGAAUUUGGUGAUGCAGUUUAGAAAGGUUUGCAACCAUCCCGAACUUUUUGAGAGAAGAGACGCCAAAUCUCCCAUUAGAAUAAGUUCUUUGCAGUACACAGUUCCUUAUCAAAUUUAUGAUUUCAAUGUUCGAGAAAUUUUAAUGGAGAAAAUUAGGAAACACUUCAUUUUCAAACCAGGAGACAUAAAAGAUGCUAUUCAAGAUGGUUUGCAUCCCACCAUUUUUAAUUUUUGUCACUUUUUGGGUUUAUCAGCUGAAGAUGUUUUUAGGAUAUUUCAAGGGAAUAUUUUGCACAGGUGGAAACAUUAUUACGAAUGCCAAAAAUCCAAUGAAAUAUUAUAUUAUAGAAAACUAUGGGACAUAUCCUUUAGAAAACGGCCGACAUUACAGUUGAGGAAUUUUUUCCGUUUAAAUCAAUAUCAGAUUCGAAGUAGUGAUGUAUUUGGUGAUUUAGUUUUUACUGAACAAAACAAAGGAAAUAGAGUGUUUUACACACAUACCGAUCAUGUGUUUCAUUCCACUCCAGAAACUGUUGAACAUAAAAAUAUUAGAUUAAAAACUAAAGAACUUAACGCAGGAAAUGAUGCACUUUUAAGAGUUAAUGACCAUAGAGUGAACCAGAUACAAAAUAUAUUGACUGAUUUUCCUUACAUAAAGAGGUUAACUCAGGUGUUCCAAUGUACAAAGACUGAAAUUCCCGCCUUUCUUUUUUAUUGUAUGCCUAGGGUAUCGGCGGCCCCACUCGGCUUAUAUUGUUAUUCUCGUAGAGCAGCGUGGGAUCUACAGCGUCAUCUAGACGAAUUUAGUUUCAACUCUCUUAAUUCUUACUGGUCGAAAGCGACCAACAAUAAAUUGAAUUAUAAAUCAGCAGAAACUUUACAUCCUCGACCGUUUAAUGCAGUUGAUAAUUUGAGACCUGUUAACGGUUUUUCGAAUAUUGUGAUACCAGAUAAGGAGAGUUUAGUUACCGAUUCUGGAAAACUGUCGGUACUUGAUGGACUCCUUAAAAGACUCAAAGAGGAAGGACAUCGCGUUUUAAUAUAUUCGCAGAUGACAAAGAUGAUUGAUCUUUUAGAAGAAUACAUGUGGCACAGGCAUCAUAAGUAUAUGAGGUUAGAUGGUUCAUCAAAAAUAUCAGAACGAAGGGAUAUGGUUGCUGAUUUCCAAGCCAGAGCAGACAUUUUUGUUUUUCUACUGUCGACAAGAGCUGGUGGACUUGGUAUCAAUUUAACUGCUGCAGAUACUGUAAUUUUCUACGACAGUGAUUGGAACCCGACUGUGGACCAGCAGGCUAUGGACAGGGCCCAUCGGUUGGGUCAGACCAAGCAGGUGACGGUGUACAGAUUAAUUUGUAAAGGUUCUAUUGAAGAACGCAUCUUACAAAGGGCUAGAGAAAAGAGCGAGAUUCAAAAAUUGGUCAUUAGCGGUGGUAACUUUAAACCGGAUACACUCAAGCCCAAGGAAGUGGUGUCCUUGCUGUUGGAUGAUGAUGAAUUGGUACAAAAAUAUCAUUUGAAAAUCGAUAAUACUUCCGAAGAGUUAGACAGGAAACGAAAAUUACAAUAUAAGACAAUACCAGUUGGCAUGGAACCCAAAAAAGCUAAACUGGAAUCAGUUACAUUAGAAGAAGCUACUAGUACUGUCGUCGAAAGUGGGCCCAACAGUCCAUUAAGUGUCAAUUCUAACGACAUUCUGAUAGAUGAUGGCGUAGACAUUUACAAUGAUGAAUCUGAUUCGGCAAUUACGAAUAAAUAUACUGUAUACAAUGUAUACGGCACAACUGUCAAACCAAGGCUUCCUGGAAGAGGGUCAUCUCGAAGGGGACGGCCUAGAGGAUCUCGAAGCCGUACGACAGGUCUUGGCCGCCAGAUAUCUAAUAGUUCUUCUGUCUCUACAUCACCGGGACCUGGUAGUAUCUUUUUAACGGAUCAACCGUCUCCAGAUUCUACUACUAUGUCUGCAGCUUCGAUGCAUUCAUCACCGUCCCACUGCUUUUUGGAAGUUUCUGGAGCUGCUCAAGCUAGCAGUUCUACUGCUCAAACCCCAUCAAUGCGGCGGGGUCCUGGCAGACCCCGUUUAAAACCAGGUGGCCCGUCAAACGCCGGUUCUAGAGGAACAUACCGACCUCGCAAACCAUCAAGGCCUUUGCCGGUCCCGUUACCUUCAGAUGGCACCAACCUAGGCUCUAAUGUAAAUAGUAACGCGCAGUAUUCAAGUUAUUCGUUCUACGAUUAUCCCGACGAUUAAUAAUAUUUUUAAUUUUUAAACUGAAUCUAGGGGUCAGCUAGACACUGUGACCUUUUCAAAUUUUUUAUGUAUUUUUGGCUGCUGAACAAUUGAAUUAUUUAUAAGGUUCUAGUUCGUAAACUAAAAGAGAUAAAAAGAAUUUUCAAAUAAAAUUUGUUCCUUGAAAAAGAAAACAAAGAAAAUGGCGUUUACUAAACUUUAAUCCAAUAAUUAGAACUCGAGAUAUUGUAAAAUUAGUGCAAAAUGGUUGCAAAUUUUUCGAAGCUUUUUCGAUUGUAACUCAGCUUCUAGGCAUGCAAAUGAGAUUUACCAGUCUCAUUUUAAAGCUUAAUUUAUAGACGUUUAAACAACAUUUGUUAAAUUACUUUAUCUUUAUUUUGUAUUAAAGUUAUACCCGUUUCAAGCUGUAAUUUUCGUACAAUAUUUGUUAAUUAAUUUGUUUAUAAGGGUUUUAAGCAAAUUUGAGCAAUAAACAUUUAUUCACUAGAAUUAACUGUAGUCAUAGAAGGACUCGAAAGGAACAUUUUAAACUUGGGAAAAUGUUCUAAGGUUAAUUUUUGGCCAAUAUAUGGAUAUUUUAAUACCGCGCUCUGAGGCGCAAGAUCAGCUCGCAGCGAAAGGACACGCGCGCGAACGGCUCGAUACAAAUUACAGUUAAUAUAGGUUAUCUUCAUUUUUGAAGAUCCUAAAUAAAAUUUCCUCACAUAAUUUUUGUAAUUAAAUCAUCAUAAAGUACAUCCUUUUUGAUUAUAUUUACUUUUUACUUCAAUUUUUUGUACUAAAUAAGGAAUAACAUGAAAAACUAAAUUCUCAGAAAUUUAACUUACAUGGAAAUUGUUCUUAUUUAUUAAUAAUAUUUUUACAAAGAUUUUCUUUCAUGCAUCUACAUCGAUAUAUACUAUUCAGAUCUCAGAAAUCGAUAAGAAAUCUCAGCUUUUUUAGAUUUACGUAAAAAUUAUUCAAUGCCAAAUUUGUACCAAAUUAAAAGAUUACGAAAUUGAAACACUUAUGUAUUAUACUAUACAGGGUGUUUCAUUAAUAAUUGUCCAUAUAGUAACUGGAGAAACCUUAGCACAAAAUACGAAGAUUUAACCUAAAACACUUAAAUAAAAUGUGGUUGAUUACUGAGUUACAGGGUGUGUUAUCUAAAAAUUUAAAAACUAUUUUUGCUCACCAUUUUAAAACUGUUUGACGUAUCCUUUUCAUACUUGGCAGAAGGUGCGACUACUAUACAACCUACUAAAUUAUGAUAAACAAACGUUUCUAGCUACUACCAGAUCGUACGACAGGGGAUAGUGAAUUGUUGACCCUUCUCAAAUUCUACGCUACUGGAGGAAUUACUAUUUUAGUGCCAUUUUUAGAUUCUCCAAUACUUUCUACGUAAAUAAUAUACUCUUCAUUGGUAACGAUAAAGUCAUUAAUUUUCGAGAUAUUUGAAGUUAAAUAUGAAACGGCACAGUUAUUUUGAUUAAUUUAUGAUAUAAUUCAUAUGAUUAAAAUUUAAAAAUUAUUUGUAUCCAGUACUUUAAAACUAUUUGGCGUGUCCUUAUCAUACUUGGCAGAAAGUGUAGGUACUGUACACCCUACUAAAUUAGAAUAAACAAACGUUUCUAGCUACUACCAGAGGCGUACGACAGGGGAUAGUGGCUGGUGGAUAGUGGCCAAAUUCUACGCAACUGACGAAAUUGCUAUUUAAGUGUAAUUUUUGAAGUUAUACUUCUUUACCGGCGAUAGAGGGUGAUUUUUUUAUAUGUUAAAACCUAUCAUCCCGGCGCAUGCGCAUUAUAACUUUGUUCUGAUUGGAUGUUCAAAUGACAUGUCAAAAAUUAUCCGAUAUGGCAGCUGUGGUUUGGAGGUAAAGGUAAAGGUAAACAAAUGUAUAAUAUAUUAGUUUUAUUGUUGUGAGGACAGAAACAAAAAAGUUUAUAAUAUUGUAGUGACUUUUAAAUAGUUUUUAAAAGCAACAGGUACGUAAUAAUUGUUAAUGUAUCAUGGGUAUAAACCUACCUAUUUGAUCUGCCAAAAUACAUAGUAUGUAAUACUUUUAUUUAUAUAAUUUGAUUACCAUCAAAAUUUCUAUCAAUAUUCACCUAAUAUAUUGUUUUUUUACUCUAUGUUUUGUUGUAUUUUUUCAAUUCUAAAUCAUUUCAAUUCAAAAUUAAAAUAAUUUGAUCAAUUUUCAAAAUAUCAAAAUAUCACAAGUUUAAUCCGUUUAGUUAGUCGAUCUUCGUAAAUAAUGACACAUAGUGUCCGUGGCUAAGCGGAGAAGGCGAAUGAAUUCCAAUACCAACCGCUCUUAUCAGCGCUGGUUCGAGUCCCAAUAGAAACUUUCUUUUUUGUUUUUUUUUAAUACAUUUUAUGAUUGUAAGUAUAUUUAUUAUAUAAUUGUAUUUUCAGAAAAUACGUAUUUAGUUAAAAAAAUUUUCGACAAUUAAUGUUCAGACAUCAUUUGUGGCUUGUUUAAUGUGUUUGUGUGUGUUUUAUUCUUUUAUUAUUUUAAUUUUUGGCACUGUUCUAAUAAAAAUGUUUGAGAAGUAGUAAGUAUAAAUUAGUUUAAUAUUUAAACAAAAUAUAAAUAAAAAGUAUAUUAAUUUCGUUUAAAUCAUAUAAUAGAAGUAUAACUUCUUACGUGCGUACAAAGUACACACACAUUCUUUUUUAAUUUUCCAAUACUUUUUAUGUAAAUAAUAUACUCUUUAUUCGUAACGAUAAAAUGAUCAGUUUUCGAGAUAUUUGAAAUUAAAAAUGAAGCGACACAAUACAUUAAUCAAAAUAAACGUGUCGUUUCAUUUUUAACUUCAAAGAUCUCGAAAACUAAUGACUUUAUCGUUACGAAUGAAGAGUAUAUUAUUUUCAUAGAAAGUAUUGGAGAAUCCAAAAAUUGAAUUAAAAUAGCAAUUCCGCCAGUGGCGUAGCAUUUUGAGAGGGUCAACCAUUCACUUUCCCCCGUCGUACGCCUCUGGUAAUAGCCACAAACGUUUGUUUAACAUAAUUUAGUAGUUUGUACAGUACUUCCUGCUAAGUAUGAAAAAGAUAUGUCGAAUAGUUUUAAAAUGCUGAACAAAAAUAGUUUUUAAAUUUUUAUAUAAAACACCCUGUAACUCAGUAGGGAACCACAUUUUAUUUAAGUGUUUUAGGUUAAAUUUUCUUAUUUUGUGCUAAGGUUUCUCCAGUUACUAUAUGGACAAUUAUUAAUGAAGCACCCUGUAUAUUAUUAUUUACCUUUAUACAUUAAAAGCUAUUUUAAAAUGUUGAAAUACUUAACACAUUGAUAAAAUAAAGUGAUACUUGCAUUUUAUGGAUUAAAUGAAUCUUAGUGUUUUUCAUGUUUUUUUCUCAUUUAGUACAAAAAAUUGAAGCAAAAAGUAUAUAAAAUGGAAUCUACUUUAUGAUGAUUUAAUUAUAAGAAUUAUAUGAGAAAAUUGUAUUAGGAUCUUUAAAAAUGAAGAUAACGUAUAUUUAAAUAUAAUUUGUAUCGAGUGUAAAAAGCUUCGGAAAAUACUUAUUUUGCAACCAUUUCGCACUAAUUUUACAAUAUCUCGUGUUCUAAUUAUUGGAUUAAAGUUUAGUAAACGCCAUUAUCUUUGUUGUUUUUUCAAGCAACAAAUUUUAUUUGAAAUUUUUUUAUAUCUUUUAGUUUACGAGCUAGAGCUUUAAAAACAAUUAAAUUGUUUAUAACAAUUCGGAUUGAAAUUAACUCUCGAAAUUCGUAAUCAGCAGCCAAAAAUAUAUCUAUUAGAAAAAACUUGGGUAGACCUAUUAGAAAUGAAAAGACGACUAGCCCCCAGACUAGUAAUUGAAUAAGUCUGACAAACUUUUCAGUGUAAAAAUUAAGGUGAUAUGGUGUGGCUCAGCACACUACUCGAUAGUGAUAUUACAGAAGUAUAGCACACAUUGGUUCAUUUCAUGUACACUGAUAACUAGUGAGGGUGCCUGAAUUAACGUAUAUACACAAAAUUGUAAAUAUGCAGAAGAAGAGUAUAUCAGAUUCAGGCUCUCGAUCACUUGGGAAGUGUAUUUAACUAAGUAUAACAUAACCUUACUUGAGCAGAUGCUGUAUAUUUCGUGAUAUGUAUACUUCAUCAUAUUUAUUAUUUUCUGUUUUUUUUUUAAAUUUUCAUUUUAAUCCAAAGAUUAUUUUGUUUGUUAAUGGCAAAGUCUUUUUUAGAGAUUAUUAAUACAACAUGUUUUAAACACUUUAUAUCCACAUUUUUAAGUGGAUGAAACCCUUUAUUAGUUUAAGGACUUUUUCGUUAUUUUAUUCAUACUGAAUAACUUUUAAACAUUAGUAUACGUCGUGUUUACCUUUAUAAAAUAUUGUUCCUUGCCAAUGUUUUCUUUACUUUAAUUAGAGUUUUUCCUUUUCCCGUUUAUUUUUUCUAGUUUAUGACUGUGGAUUAUCUGAACUACAAUAUGUUAUGAUGUUUCUACUUUUGUUUGAGUGCUUCUAAAAUGAUAAUACUAUUUUACAAAUAAACUCGUACUAAUACGAGUUUUUAAAAACGCAAUUACAACGAUAUGACAUGUUUCGUUUUUAUUGAGAAUUCAUCAGGUAGUCGCAAAACCGAGGACAUAAAGUAAUAUAAAAUAAAAACAUUUAUUGCCCUAAUAAUAUCUACAUUUCAUAUUUUAGCCUUCUUGUCAUGUUCCGUUUCUGUACACCCUCCUUUUGAACUGGGUCCAUUUUUGGGUAUCUGGUUCUUCAUGUCAUGGACUCCUGGACUUCUUUUUCUGUAGAUACUUCUUCUGGCAUCGUAGCUACUUACCUUACCGGUUGUCUUUAGCAACUACCUUGCUAUACCCUGAUCAAAUGGUCGAUCAGUUUAUGUUUCUCUCGGUACAUCCUCUGUAUUUGAUUUCUGACGAGGAUGUCUCUUAUUUUUAGGAAUCUUCUUGUGACUUGGUAGAAGAAGUAUCUAGUAUCUGGUCCUGUUCACAGAAAUCUUUACUUACUUAAGUGAGUAGUAUUGCCUAUAACUCCAUCUACUUGACAGUUAAACAAGUAUCCUACGUAUUAGAGUGAUGUUGAUAAUGUCAUUUAAAGUAGAUGGGCUACGUAGCAAUACCACUGUUUUAUGAUUAAGUCCCUUUUCUUUCCUUGUCUUGCUUCUUUUUCUUCCUCAGACUUUCCCUUUUCAGAGGUCGCUGUUUCUUACUCUUCUUCGCCACUCAUCUCUGUCUAUCGUGUCUUCAUCUAAACCUUUCUGUCUCAAGCCUCCUGCCACAUAGUCCUUCCAUCUUCUCCACGAUUUUGUGUCUUACGUGACCAAACCAUCGCAGCCUUAGUCUUUGUUCUUGAAUCACCCCUGAAAUGAAACUGUAGUUAUCCCCUUUCAGCCAUUCUCUCCCCCCUUCCCCUCCCCUUUACUUUAUAUGUACGGCAGCAAAAGGAGAAACAUGAUGAGAAUUCAAACUUGUUUUAUGGAAUGCCCUUUAUAUUUGAAAAAGAAUUUUAAAAACUGGAGCUAUACUUUUUCUCAAUCUAUUCUGAGAAUGGAAAUAAUCAAACUCUGGAGUAUAAGAUUUAUCACCUUGUAUACUUAUUCAUGUCUUAGAUCUCUUUCGUUGUAAAUAUUGUAAGUUGUAAGUUUAUCUUCCUAGGUUACAUGUACAGUUCUAGUCUAUAUUAUAUUGUAUAAUGUAUAUGAAUGUAUAUAAUGUGUUAAGUAGUACUUUUUGUAGCAAUAUUUUCUGUCUUGAUACUGUUUGUAUGGUUAUAUAGAAAAAAUGUAUCUUAAGGUAGUAAGUACAUUGUAAAAACAUAAUAUUAUACUAAAGUUACUUGGAAAUCCCAGAGUUGUAAAAUGGGACACCAGAUAGACCGGAAACUAGAAGAAACGAAACAUUAUUACUUAGUAGCGACAAAGUUAACAGGAACUGGUUAGGAUUACAUCAAGCAAGGAACACAUUAUUUUGUAUUUUUCUGUUUUGAUACUAAACUGUUUGUACGAAUACAAAGUCAAAAAGUUAUAAUUUUGCAAAUUUGAAGAGUAUUCGUUAAAUAAAUAUUUUUGCAAUAUAA